AUGUCGCAGAUGAGUGAGGAUAUUUUGCGGCUGUGGGAGAAGCAGCUUGCCGAAUGCCACUCUGCUGGUGUUAACUCUGGAGACACAAAGACACAGCAGCCGAUAGAUAUUGCCAAACUGGCCUCAGAUGGUUUAGUUCUUCUCACACAACUAGAGAAAACACAAUAUGAAGAAGACGAAAUGGGAGUCCCUUCUCAACACCGUCGCCUGCAGGAUCUGUUGGUAUUGAUGGUACUGCGUAUUCUCCAGUCAUGUGUUCACCGCACUGAUGUCAAUAAACUAAUAAGUACAAUCUGUCGUGAUGUAUUAUCCACAUCCUUAACCAAUAAUGAAAAUAACCGAAAAGAACAGAGAGAGGCACUGUGUCUUUGGUGGGAUCAUACGGCAAUAGCAGAAGAGUGUUGGCGCUGGUGUGAGGCGCAUCUCACACUUCUACCAAGUGAAGAAUUAAUAUGGUCUCGCCGUACUUCGCAGAGUGUUACAGCUGUAACGGAGUGGUGGUGGAGACCUGAUGUAGUGAGUGAUUUAAAUGCACCCACAGCGGACGUUGCAACAACAGGAACAGCAUGGAAACUCUUUCGUGAUAUUCUCGUUAACACAGCGACUGAUGAGUCCGAGGCAAACUCUUCUUCUAUUCUUCCUAUUCUUUAUUGUUCUGAAUUAAAAGUGGUUGCAAAAUUUUUGGAUGCCCUUCGUAAAGCAUCCGAAUUAUUCAUUCAUCGUAUCCCUGUGGGAAUAAGUGUAUUGAAACAACUAUAUAAAGAGAAAGCUACUGCUUUACUACAUCAAGCACACCUUAUUGCUUGUCUUUCUAUUGUAAAAAGUGUGUUUCUACCUUUUUCAGUGGAUAGAGAAAAAGAAUCGAAAUAUUCUAGCAGUAUGAAUUACCCCAGUCUUGAGAUGAUCUGGGUUUCACGUGAGGGUUUAUCACUCGCAUGGAAGUGUCUUAUUACUGCAAUGACUGCUGUGCAAAUAGCAUCAGCACAAUUUGAGACACCAUGUGAAAAUCUACGACGACGUAUUCGAUGGGCAUUAUUUGGUGAUUCUGGGGAUUCCGUAGCAACAGUAACAACAACAACAACUACUACUACUACUACUACUACUACUUCUUCUUCUUCUUGUAGUAAUAGUAGUAGCAAUAGGGAUUUUUUCCUUUACCCUUUAGUUGAACCAUCUCAAAAUACUUGGCGUGUUGUGCAUGGUGUUGGACUUAUUGCUACUGGAGAUAUUCCUGCAGGAACGGUAAUUCUACACGAGCGACCACUACUUUCUGUUAAUCCAUCACAAACACAAAUAUCUCCCGACACUUCUGAAAAAGGAAAUACUGAACUCUCUACUAUAACAGGAGAGGCACUAGAGUUGCUUCAACGUGGUGGUCUCUCGCACAGAGGGGAUGCGACUGCAUCACAUGUAGUGGCGGCACUUCAAAGUGGUGCUCUCUUUGGACAUCCCACUCGCACAGCGGAUGUGUGGGCAGCACUGCAUCUACUAGCUCUUACACCCUCAGUUCAAAGUACUACUACUAGUAAUAGUACUAAGAGUGAUAAUAAUAGUAAUAGUAAUAGUAGUAGUAGUAGUCAUAAAGGCACAAAUUAUGGGUUUGAGAGUGAUGUUGCGAGUCUUGUACGUUGUUGGGAUGAAUAUGCGAUGACAUGGCGACCUAUGGAGGAUUUUAGGAUACAUCCCGCUAUGCAAGGAAAGCAUCGACAAGGGAUGAAAGCUUUAUAUGCUGUUGCUUCCCUUAUUAAUCAUAGUUGUAGUCCUAAUGCAAUGAUCCUUUUCAAGGAAGAGGAGGAAGAAGAGGAAGAAGAGGAUAAAAAAACUGAGUCUUCUCCUAAGAGUAUGGAAACCAUGUACGUUGUCACUCUUCGUGAUAUUAAAGCUGGUGAGGAAAUUACCAUCACAUAUCUUCCAUCACUCCUAGUUCCAAAGUCUGUGAAGGAAGUUUAUAAUAAGUUUCAAUGUCGAUGUUAUUUUUGUAAGACUCGCAGUAUGUUGCUAGAAGCUAUUGUGUGUCCUUCGUGUCGAAGACUUAUUUACAAUGAUAAUAAUAAUGAUGAUGAUGAAUUUAACUAUAAUGGAAAGAGGAAAAAAUCUACUUCCAUCUACAGUUAUAAGAAGAAGGAUGUAUCACGAACAUCUAAUUUAUAUUUUGACCCUGAGGCAAUCAAUAUUUCUAAAAAACCUCUGGGUCUCUAUACUCAUGCGACUGAUUGUUUAAAUUCAGAGAACAUUACUGGAGAUAAAGAAUUGGUGAAUCAAAUAACACACGGAUUUAAACAAGCACUAGAUAGUAUUCAUCUUGAACUUUUAGGCAGAAAGAGUGAUGUUAACUCUGACACAGUACAGGGGGGAAGCGACGUUAACGUACAAAACAAUGGAAAUGAAAUGGACAAGGAAGAAAGAAGGAUGGAAAAAGAAGAAAUAGAAGAAGAAAAAGAAGAAUAUGCACAACGUGCUCAGAGAGUCAUGCGAAAGUUAUUGGAUCUUGACUCCUUUGCGCAUGGACUUCCAUCAACGCAUCAUUACCGUUUAAAAGCUCGAAUGGGGUGUUUAGCGAUUUCACUAAACGCCAACAUCACACCACGUGAUACGGCUCAACUGGUUCAACUCUGUGAAGAACUUCUUGAAGAUUUGGAAGUUUUAUUACUGCCGAAGAACCAUCCGUUGUUAACAGGAAUUCGCAUACAUUACUGUCUUGCUCGCAGUCGACAUUUGAUUCUUACAACAGACGUGGAAGGAAUAGAUGCGGCUGGACAUGUGGAUGAGUGUUGUGGUGCUGUGCGUGAGGAGGCGGAAACGGUUCGUUUACCGUUUGUACAGGAUCCAGUUAUUCGUGAGUGUAUAGUGCGUUCUUUUCAAGAACAUUAUGUACGAUCCGCGUGGCGGUAUAUGCAAACGGAUGAAAAGAAUCACAACGAUGAUGAAUGUGGAUUUGUGCAAAGUUUUCUCUCACGUUAUUCCGAGGAACUGAAGGUGUGUGGUAUUAAUGGAGUACGCCAACUCAGUAUGCUUUCUCUUAUGUGUGAUGCGGUGCAGGGGGAGGAGGAAGAGGAGGAGGGAAAUGAAAAUGAAAAUGUUUUAUGUACUGGAUAA